AUUAAUUGAUUUAGCCGACAAAGAAUUAGAAGUUAAAGGAAAUCAGCAAACUAUCAAAGACUUAACCCAAAAAAAGGAUGAUUUACAAAUCCAAUUAGAUUUAGCCACAAAAACCAAGGAACAAUUAGCCCAAGAAUUAGCAAAAGAAAAAUGA